GGCAGAGCCUUCCCUCUCCUUCCGGCGCCGCCAGGCAGUGUGGGAAGGGCGGCGGGAAGAUGGCGGCCGCCGUGUCCGCUCUGUGCCGGCGCCUCACGGGAGCGCUGCGCCUGUCAGGAGCUCGGCCGGGCUCGGCGGUUGCCGGUCUCCCCGGAUUAACACCAAAUCUCUUCCGUAAGAACGUACCAGAAGUGGAGCCCCUCCAUCAGUUGAAGUUUCUGCACACCACUUUGUCUCGGAAAGGUCUGGAGGAGUUUUUUGAUGAUCCAGCAAACUGGGGAGAGAAAAGUGUCAAGUCAGGAGAUGCAUGGAAUAUAAAGCAUUUGAGGGGCAAGAGUAGUGAGGACUUGCACAAACUUUGGUAUGUCCUACUGAAGGAAAAAAACAUGCUUUUAACCUUACAGCAAGAAUCAAAAAGACAACUCAGGCCUAUGCCAAGUCCAGAACGAUUAGAAAAGGUAGAAAAAUCAAUGAAAAACAUAGACUUAGUUGUCAGAGAAAGAGAAAUUGCUUUGAGGCUUUUACAAACUGGCCAUGAAAAACCAGUACCUGGAGAGUGGAGACAAGACUUCUUAGGACGCACAUACUGGUAUAGUUACAAGGAAUGGCCAAUACCAUGGUACUUGAACAAAAAAUACAAAAAGAGGAGAUUCUAUUACUUACCCCAUGUGAAUCGCUUCAUCAGGCUUAGACUUGAAAAAAACUUACGUUUAAGGGCAAAAAGGCAAAACCUAGAGAAGAAAAGGCAGAAGAUGCUGGAAAAGAAGUUCCCUCAUCUUGCUGUAAAGUCUCAGAGCCAGUGACAUGCUGGAAGAGAACUGCAAACAACUGGUCGAGUAUCUUUGUGACUGGAACAUGAAACAACUUCUGAAACCAGCAAACAACUCGACUGAGCAUUCCUGAGAGUCUUCGUCUUUUUUUUAUUCCUACAUUUGACCUAAAUUAAACUUACCAUCUGGAAUCAAAAAGCA